AUGAAUAAUAUCAAUGAAGACAUUAAAUUACAUCAAGAGUCUAAUAAUGACUCUAGUAAUGAAAAUGGCGAAGGAAAAGAAAAUUCAUCUUCAGAUAGUGAUAAUCAUGAUGAGAAUCUGCAAGAUGACAUGAAGGCUAAUGAAGUAGAUGAGGAUGUUGCCGAAUUUAUUUCCAUUCAAAAUAUAUCAAGCAAUAAUGAUAUCACUCAGAAGAAAGAAGAGUUGGCCACAAUAGCUCAAAUGGUUAUUGAAGACCCAGAAAAUAAC